CUGUUGUACGCCAGCCGAAAGGAUAUCAGAAUCUUUAAUGCAAAUUCCAGAAAUGAAAGUAUAAUAAUUGAUGAUUUAAAUGACGCCAUUGCCGUGGAUUUUCUCUUCGCAGAAGGAAUUAUAUUUUGGGCUGAUGUUAAUUUGAAAAAAAUCAAACGAAUUCGCGUCUCCACAGGAGAAGUUGGAGAUGUUAUUUCAGUUAAUUUGAAAAAUCCUGAAGGACUCGCCGUAGAUUGGAUUGCAAGAAAACUGUAUUGGACCGAUGGUAGAGAUGCUGAAUGGGAAACAAAUAGAAUAGAGGUCGCAAAUUUAGAUGGAUCUUAUCGUAAAGUUCUCUUUUGGAAAGACUUGGGUCUUCCAAGGGCAAUUGCUGUCGAUCCGUUAUUGGGGUAA